UUGAAAAAUUCAUUUUAAUAAAAACACAAAAUCGAAAUCCCUAGAGAGAGUCACACGAAGAGACGAAGAACAAUGGCGAGUACAGUCUUCAUCGCUCUACAAUGUUUCGAGUGUUCAACGAUGCAGGUGAAGCAGAAGAAGAAGAGUAGCAACAAGUGGGUUUGUGUGAUUUGUAAUCAGAAACAAUCAGUGAAAAAAGUGUUUGCUCAGGGUUUUAAGGCUAAGGAUCUUCGUUUCUUCGUCCAAUCGUUUAAUAUGUCUCGCAAAGUUAGCGAUGAGGAGGCACUUGGUAUUGUAGAUUCUGAGGUUGAUGUUAAAGUAGAGGUUGAUGAUGAGGAGGUUUUAGAUGUUCGUGAGAAGAAGCGAUCUGAUUGGAGUGAGUAUCUCGAUUGUGAUUCGUCAAAUGGUUGCUCAAGAUUAACUGGAGAAGAAGAAGAAGACGAUGUGAAGAUUGUGACUGAGAUGCCCAAAGACAUGUUCAAAAGGCCAAAGCUGAACAAAUACUCUAGUCCUGGUGGUUCAUCAUCAGUGACAGGAGGUGGGAAGAAGAGAGAUGGUUAUGGCCUUUUCAAGCCUCCCUUACCUAGACGUAGCGUCAAAAAGCCAGAUUUUUGUUCAGAUGGGGUUAUGAUGAGGAAGGAGGACAAAGAACAGAGAAAGCUAGAGUCAGAAUCAGAAAGAGUUAUUAAGCCAGCUUCAAAAUGGGACGCCUACUUGAUCGAUGGCGAAGGUGAACACCAGGCACCUAGCUUUAGUUUGAGUAAAGCCACUACGAAUGUUGUGAAAUGUGUGAUAUUUUCAGUUAGUGUACCUUUUGAAUGUGUUGCAGAUGCAGUAAGGAUGAGGAAGGAGGACAUAGAACAGGAAAAUCUAGAGUCAGAGAGAGUUACUAAGCCGGUUUCAAAAUGGGACGCCUACUUGAUCGAUGACGAAGGAGAACACCAGGCACCACCACGAUUUGGUGGAAAGAAGGGAUUGAAGGAUGAUGAUGUAGAAGAAUGGGACAAAGCAGUAAUGGAGAUGAGUACGGAAUGCCAGAUAGUAGACGAGGAGGUACAUCCAGAUUUCAUGUGAUCAGAGGUAUUAAUUACUAUGUUUUUAACCAGGCUGCAGAUU